UCGAGUGCCAAACCGGCUUGUCAGACCUUGGGGUCAACCCCUCGAUCUGGCAUUAUAUUUCGACCUCCUCGAGGGCAACCCACAUUCCCGCAAGCAGUAUGCACGAGGAGUAAGAAGGGAAAUACCAGUAGCAGUCAGGAACCUCCGAGCGAAAGUCGGUCAUGAGAGAAGGAGCCUGUUAUCGACAUGGGGGGCGAAGGCAAGGAGGAUGAGGAGGAUGAGCGGCUAAGGAAAGAAGAGGAGGAGCAAGCCGCUCAGCGCGCGAAGAAGAGAAAGACGGAAGAGAGGCCAGAGAAAGCAGAAAAAGGAGAAAGCUCGCGAAAACAGAAGUACACGGUACCAUUAGAAGAUGGCCUAAACAUUGAGGCCUUGGUCGAUAGGCUUCUAGAGGGUCAUAAUGACCUGCUUAAUUUGAAGGAUAUCCUCGCCUCAGCGCCUAAGCUUAGGGAAGGAUUCAAAACGCGAGUCUCUCGUCGAAGGGUGGCGAGCGUACGACUAGGAGAUUUCAUCCCUGUCGAGGCUCAUUGGGAGGUUCCUGGGACGAAAAUGGAUUGGAAAUCGGUCGGGACUGGGAGUGUGAACCUGAGUAUAAAGGGUAAGUCGUGUAGCGGAAUACUGGAUACAGGAGCAGAGAUGAAUAUCAUUAAGGAAUCUGACGCACUCCGCUUGGGGAUGGACAUCGAUCGAAUGGACUCAGGAUUCCUCUAUGGCGCAAGUGGGAAGACUCCUUGUACUGGGACGGUAUCGAAUGUGGUGAUUGAAAUCGGGAAAGUGAAGGUGCGAUCCUGCUUCUUCGUUAUGCCGGAUUUGGACCAUCCUCUCCUGCUGGGAAGGUCAUUCCUUUGCCGCAUUGAAUCGAUGAUACUCAACAAGCAUGACGGCACAAUGUACGUCAUCCUAAGUGAUCCAGUUUGCGGCAACUACGAGAUUAUCACCUGUCACAAUACAGGGUCUCGUAGCUUGAGGAAUAGGCCGAACCCAGGUUCCUAUACCUUUGAGGAAUUUGAAGGGGAGAGGAGGAGAUUAAUGGGUGAAGACGAAGAGGAAUGUGAUCCUACUGGCGAGAUGUGCUUAAGCCUAACCAGCAUCAAUGAUGCUAUGGAGAUAGUGUCGUCAUAUGGGAUGGCGGAUCCCAUUGCUGUAGAGGCUUUGAGAGAGAGAAUAGUGAAAGAUUCCGGCGAGGGAGAAGUUGAGCUCGUAUAUCGAUUACCGGCAAGGACAAGUGAGUCGGGGGUACCUCAGAGUCAUGUUGCAAGCCAACUUAAGCAGGGCUCCAAAAUGAGGUACAAACGCGUGACUGAGAAAAGUCAUCUCGUUCCUGUCCUCAUAACUGCGGAAGAAGAGUUCUACUAUGAGCAGGAACGUGAAUUGAUACGGCAAAUGAAGGAGGAUGCAGAACAUGGGCCGUGCCAUGUCAAUGAGAGAACUGAGGGAGACUUGAUAAUAGGAGAGUCAGGAUUCCUCACUCCACAAGAGAAGACCCUUAUGGUAGAGGUAAUGAAGGAGCGGCAUCGCGCAUAUGCGUUUGACGAUGAUGAGCGCGGGCGCCUUGAUGUGGAUAAAGUUCCGAUGAUUCGGAUUCACACUGUGCGUCAUAUACCAUGGAAUUUGCGAGGGCCACGCUAUCCUAAUCCGGCAGAGGAACGGAGAGUAGUCGACUACUUGGAUGACACGAUUCAUUCUCAUGUAGCCGACUAUUCAAGUGGGCCUUACGCAUCACCAUGGUUCUGCUUUAUCAAGCCGAACGGUACCCUGAGGUGGGUGCAAGACCUUCAGCGCCUGAAUGUGGUAAUGAUACGAGAUGCGGGAGGUUUGCCGAACGCAGAUGCACUGUCAGAAUCUUGUGCUGACAGGCCUAUCAUUUCCUUGAUAGACCUGUACUCGGGGUACGAUCAGUUCCCGGUGUGUCUACCUGAUAGACCUAUGACUGCGAUGCAUACACCAAGAGGACUAAUCCAUAUGAACGUGGCGCCACAAGGGUGGACGAAUACUGUGGCAAUGGUGCAGAGGCAUAUGGUUUGUGUUAUGCAGACGGUUAGUCCACAUGUUACGCAACCAUACAUUGACGAUUUUGUCGUGAAAGGGCAGAAGAAGAAGGAUGAGACGGAAGUUAUGCCUGGGGUAAGAAAAUUUGUAUGGGAUCAUAUACAAGAUAUUGCUUGGAUUCUUGACAUUCUAAGGGAUUACAACCUUACCGCGAGCGGACUGAAGUCGAAACACUGUAUACGGGAGACAACCAUAUUAGGCUUCGUAUGUAACGAGAGCGGUUGUCGCCCUGACAUCAAGAAAACUAACAAGAUACUCGAAUGGCCGGUGCCAUUCGAAUCUGUUAGUGAAAUUCGUAGCUUCCUGGGGACAUGUGACUUUUGGCGAGUUUUCAUCAAGAACUUCGCUGAGAAAACAGAGCAGUUGAGGAAGCUUGCCAGGAAGGAUCAAGAAUGGGAAUGGGAUGAGAAGCAGGAAAGGGUUGUAAGUAGUUUGAAAAGGGAGUUCAGAGAAGGUGGUCUGGUGUUGGGAGUUCCUGACUUCGAAGCAACGCCAAAACAUCCUUUCAUCGUAGAGACCGAUGCAGGGCCUACAACUCUGGGCGGCAUUCUGAUCCAAGCUGAUGUAAAUGGCGAGGAGAGGUCUUUGAGGUUCGAGAGUCGAACCUUGAAUGGCACUGAGAGAAACUACUCACAGUUCAAGUGGGAGACACUUGCAGUUCUCCACUGUCUAAGGGUGUUCCGCAACUACCUUUUCGGAAGGAGGUUUGUGCUGCGAGUCGAUCCGACCACAUUGGCUGGUUUAUUAAAAAACUACGCACCGUCAAACCCAACUAUUGUCAGAUGGCUCACGUAUGUGUGGAUGUUUGACUUUGAGUUGGAACGCAUACCUGGGAAUAAGAAUCGGGCUGACGGUCUUAGUCGGAUCAAUUGGGAUAAGUCCGGCGAUGGAGGUAAUGAGGAUAUACCUCUGGUGGAUGCAUUCCUCGACGAGGAGGAGGACGUGAAACUCCAUAUCAAUGCACAUGUCGUUGGGAUCAGUGGAGUCAUUAUGCAAGGACAAUCUGUUUUUCUUGGUCCUGCAAGGUACGUGAAGCGAGCGGAUAUAGUCCUCAAGGACUUCGUGGAAGAGGAUCCUUGGGGAGGGAAGGAUGUUGAGUGGAUGGCUAAGCUGGCAUUGGCAGAGACCUUCCGAGUAGGAGAAGAUCCGAUGGCUAUAGAAAGUGGAGCUUACUCAGUCGACACUCAAACAAGGUAUGUGGCAGAUGUCAGUUUCCUCAUUAACUCAAUUGUCCAAGUGCACGAGGAUGGAGAAAGGAGUCAAGACCCUGUUAGAGAUAUGGAAGAAGAUGAGUUUGAGGAAGGAGAGAUAACGAAGGCUUUUCGUGCAGAUGAGUACGAAGGCGUCUACCGUGAACUAGGUUUGCUUCUCUCAUGUGAGAUCAGAGAGAGAGAAGCAACUAAGAAGGUACUCGAGAUGCGACCUCGCUUUUUAGUCCGGGAUGGACACCUUUUCAUCAAAAAUGAGGUUGGCAACCCGAGGAGGGUGAUCUGCGGCCGAAAUCGUCAAAUAGACGUUAUAGCUGCACUUCAUGAUGGGCCCGCAGGUGGUCACAGAGCAUUUGCCUUGACAUAUGCGAAGGCGCGUGAGCUUUAUUAUUGGGAAGGAAUGAGCGAGAUGAUUCGCAAGUACUGCGAGUUGUGCGUUCCAUAUCAAAUAAGGGCGUCAACUAUGUACAAGGAGCCAUUGCACCCACGGAUUGUGCGAGAUGCAGGAGCAGUGGUCCAUUUGGACCUACUGGCAAUGCCUCAGGGAGUGAACGACUACAACUACAUCUUUGACGCACGAGACAAUCUUACGGGGUUUGUCGAUGGGCGAGCCAUUCGCAGCAAGAAGGGCGAAACAUUGGUUUUGUGCAUCUCCGAGUAUUUCCUGAGAUAUCCUUUCGUAGUGGAAUUCGUGAUGGACAGAGGGUCAGAGUUCACUUAUGGAGAAGUGCGAACCUUGUUGCAAGGAUAUGGCGUACAAGCCAGCUACAUGACUAGGGCACAUCCGCAGGUGAAUGCUCCAGUUGAGAGAGGGCAUACCACCAUCACGAAUCUACUGGCGAAACGGACAAACGACAGGGAGAAUAAGUGGCCUAAGCAUGUGCGCGCAACAUUCUUCGUCGAAAAUAUUACGAUUAAGAGAUCCACGAAGUACGCGCCAGCAACACUAUGGUAUGGAAGGCAUGCCACACUCCCGAUAGAAAACUUUCUGAAUUCGUGGAGGAGGCAGGAUAUGGAAAGCACUUUGUCCUUCGAGGAGUUGCUGGAUUUGCGGAUCAGGCAAGUUGGCAUUGCAGAAGAGAGGAUCCAGGAAGUCGCAGAUCGAGUAUCGGACAGUCGACUGGAGGACAAGGAGAGGUGGGAUCUCCUUCCACAAGUCAGGAAGGAUCCAUUGGAAGUCGGAGACUUGGUGCUGCUGUAUGACUCAUCGCUAGAGAAGCAGUGGUCGCGCAAGUUGGACAAGCAGUGGUUAGGCCCAUAUCGCAUUAGACGGUGUGGGCAGCACAGAGCUUAUGAGAUUGAAGAACUUAACGGCUCGCAGUGGAGAGAUUGGGUCUCAGGGAUACGCCCGCGAGCACAACUAGAGAGGGAUGAGGAAGAUGAGGGGCGAUUGCGACAGCAGCAGAGAGAGAGUGAGCAGCCAAAGAUUCCACGCAGGCCUAGGACAGGCAGGCGUAGAGGACGUCAGGAUCGAGGGGAUGAUUUGGAGGAGAGGGAUCAUGUGCUGAUUAGUGAUGUUGGGAAGGUGCUCCCCACGGAGGAUUUGGGGGAGGGGACCUUACCGAUAGGAUCUCAGAGGGAGGACGAUUCAUCUACCCCUGAGAUUGGGACAGUGCCAGCGCCAGAGACAUGUCCGGCUGAGAUAGGGAUUAGAGACCGUGGUGUGCCUGAGACAGGUCAGGCUACUCCACCUACACCCAUACGGGAUGGGGAGGAGGCUUCCCUGCAGCUUGUGUUGACGAUUGCUUCGGUCCGGCCUACAGAGACAGAUACCAUGGAAGGAGUGGUUCCCGAUACUGCAUUGGAGAGGCCUUAUCGAUGGAGAGACACACGGGACAUGGCAUUAGACCUCCCACAAAGGGAGUUACUGCUUAUGAUAGGGUCUGCCACUAUAGGACCGAUAAAGGAGCACGAGGAGCCUCAGCCUGAGUGGCCGCGAAAGACGACGCCGAUGCAUGAUGAGUUAGGGCAUGAUGGGCAGAGGGUCCAGUCUCGGUCAGAGCCGACAGUGGAGGAUGGUGAGAGAGGUGCGAUGGGACCCUCAUCAUUGAACGGAUCACCGUUACUGAACGAGAGUCGAUUGGAUGAGCAGCCAACUGAGCCUGAGGGUUCAUUGACUGCCCAACUAUAUGAUAUGGAGUCUCCUAGGAUGCAGAUGCGACAGAAGGUAUCCCAGCCCUCGCCCAUGGACAUGGAGACAGAGCGAGUUAAGGCUGAGGUUUUGGGGCUAGAUAGAGAGGGUCUCACGGAGGACAUGCAGACCCAGCGAGUGGAGACGUCACCACUAGACUUUGGGGAUACUCCACGACGAGAUGGUGAUCAGACUGAGGCCAGUAUGAGGGGCCACAUUGAGAUCGGCGCGGAGCAUACCCAGGAUGCAUCUCCGACUCAUGAGGAGGAGAGCUUGUCGGAGUCUCGGGGACCGAUAGAUCAUGAACCUGUCAUGAGGGAUGCAUGGCUAGCCGCGGAGAUGAGAUGGAUGCCAUCAUUACAUUUUCCAGGCUGGCUGGCUUUUGAGCGACUGGGCCAGGCCGCGAGACCACACUUGUCGGUUGAUCAGACCACUGGUGGGCUCAGGGUACUGUAUGAUGACUUAACCUUGCAGAUGAACUAUAUUGGUAGUGGCCUCGUAACAGCUCGACAGGUGAUAGAGCAGGUUCGGGAUUACACGAGGAGAGUUGCCAUCCGAUCCUUUGAGUUGAGUUGCGACAGACAGAUGGAGCACGAUGCACUGAGAGAGGUGGUGAGUGAUCUCCGUACUUUUGUUGAGGGGAAGGAGGUCCAGACUCUAGAGGAGGCCAAGGCGGUCCUCAGGAUUCAGGAGAGAGAGGCGAGUGAUUGGCGAGCCCACGUUCAGAGGGUGCUCAGGGAGUAUGAGCCACCUGCUGACGCGACAGAUAGAGAUAGGCUCGAGCGCAGGGUUGUCCUUGAGACCGUGCGAUCAUCUCAGUUGGAGAGCCAGGUAUCAACUUUUGUCAGGUUAUGGCGAGAGACUGAGAAGCAGACACAGAGACUCUUCUAUGAGGAUGCGGCCACAACCAGAUGGCAGGAGGAGGUUGGGAUGAGGAGACGGACAGGAGAGGAGCCUAUGCCUGAGGGCGAGCGUACGCAGGCGGAGGAGGGGCUUCAGGCGAGAUUGUUGUAUGAUGCCUCAGUGCGAGAGUUGGUGGGAGUGAUGGAGCAUGUCAGGAGACUCAUGCAGACCGAGGUUGCACGAGGAGAGUUCAGGGUGCAGUGUAAAGGAUCAGUGCUCUGGAGCGGGAGAACAGAGGACUGAGGGACACAGUACGUGAUCUUGUCACCAACACCGAGUGGGCAAGACAGUCCACCUCGAGGCUCGAGCAGAGGAUUAC